ACCAACCUUUGCAUAUCAGCUGUUCAUUUUGUUUUUGUUGCUAUGCUACUCAAAUGGUUGCUACGGGAACGAUUAAAUUUGUCACAACGAAAUGAAUUUUUGCAAUGAACUAAAUUAACAAUUACAAUUGAUUAAACAUACGUGUCUGCUUUACAUCUACUAUAAACGAAAACCCGUCAUUGUGGGCAUAAAAUGUCGAAGAGUUUACCGCGUACGACCAAUAAAUUAAAUCCAAAACAUGAAGUACAACGCAAGACUAUCAAAUCACCUGCAACAAGUAAAACCGGUGCAACAUCAUCGAAAAGCAACACGCAGAAGGAGAAGCAACAGGAGAAACCUGAAAGUGAGCAAAUUCAGCGAAAAACCACAAAGUCUACGACGCUAGCCGCAACAGCAACAGCUAAAAAAUCAACGUCAUUGCAUACAGGCAAAAAUAAGGAGCGUGAGGCUGUUGCCCAARCAAACAAACGAGCAACCCCAUCGCCAACAACAACAGCAACAAAGGCCACUGCAAGCACAUUGCGUGCGGCCAAAGCGAAACAACCACCUGCCGGCGGCAAGGUCAAGCCCAAUGCAGUGCUGGACACAUAUCACAGUGUGACGGUGUCGUCGCCACCGCAAAAGCGCAGAGUGCAAUCAAAACAACAAGAAACAACGACAGCGUCGGCCAGCCAGGUGGAUGCCUCUGYGGAGGAUGGGCGGACGCCCCGUGUGCGUUCUUAUUCACGGACAUUGCAGCCGGAGGAAAUAGUUGUGCUCAAGCGGGAAUCGGCUAAGCAACGCAGC